CCUAAUGUAUUUAGUUAUAUUGGUACCAACUCCAUCAAAAUAGAAUUUGGUAUAGCAAAACCAAAAUCCACCAAAAUGUAAUUCAACCUCACCACCACAAUGAAUUUUGUUCUUCCCUCUCAAUUUUAAUGUUGGAAGAAUCUUAUUUCUUACCAACAAACCAAAAACAAUUGAAAAUAAUUGGAAAUCCUCAUUGUUCCACACGCGCACCUCGCGCGUGUCCUCCGCCGUAGCAAUUAGUUGCGAACACAUCAAUUCCAAUUACCCAACUAAACGGCGAGUGCAACACACACACACACUACCCGCGUGGAUAGACAAAACUUCUAAAAACAGAAAUUGAUAGUGCCAAACUAUUUCGCCCCUGCCAGAUUCAGCGUACAACAUUACCAACACAACGUACAACACACAAACGUUGUACCUCCUGCAUCAACGACUGUGCUCUUGGGACGAAAUUGAAACAAAAAUCUAAUCCGACAGAAAACGAGAAAAUAGAGAGAGAAAGAAGAGAGAGAAAGGGAGUAUCGGAGAAGGGCGCGAUCGGAGAGAGAGAAAAAAAAAAGGGGUCUUCAAUUUUCGGAUUCAGGAUUUUUUUUUUUCUGGGGGAAGAAAACAGAGAAUGCGAAGCAAAAUUUGAAGGGAUAAGCAGCAAUGGCGGAACAAAGCUACAUGGGUUUCAGACAAGUAGUUUAGAAAGGAAGAGAUAGAAGGGAAAAAUUAAAGCUGAGAGACUGUUGUUUUUUUGUGAUUAUAUUUAUUGUCCUGAAUCUAAAUUCGGGGAGCUUCAAUAAGGUGGAAUUGUGGAGUUGCAGGGAGGGAAGAAUUAAGGGUUUGUUUGGCAUCGGAAUUAUUGAUUUUGGAAGGGUUUAGCAUUGGAUAAUUUGAUAAUUUUGUGAAAUUUGGGAUUUUUUUUUGGAGGGAGAGUGAGGUUUGAUUUUGGAAGUUUGAGAUCUCUGAGAGAUGGGAUUUGGUUUCGACAUUGUUAAGGAUGUUGUUAGAGGGAUUGGAUGUUGUUUGUAAAUUGGGUUCUUGAAAUUACAGCCAAGAGAAGAAAAAAGAAAAAAAAAAAAAAGAAAAAGAAAACCCUAAUUGGUUGAAGCUUCUGUACAUCAGUAGUUGUUGUGGCAGAGUGUUGUAUGGAUAUUUAAGUGUGGAGUAGAAGAAGUUGAACAGUCGAUACAGAGAUGCAACCGCCACGUCACAAUUCGCGGAUCAGUCUCGCCGAUUUGAAAGCUCAGAUAGUGAAGAAAAUCGGGCCCGAGGGGUCGAAACAGUACUUUUACUACUUGAGUGGUUUCUUGAGCCUGAAACUGACAAAGGUGGAGUUCAAUAAGCUCUGCCUCAGAAUCAUCGGGCGGGAGAAUAUUCCCCUCCACAAUCAGCUCAUCCGCUCGAUACUCAGAAAUGCUUGCACCGCAAAAACCCCACCACCACCACCACCACCACCCAAUCAGAAGGAAGAAUCUUCGAAGCAUAUUCUUCCACAACAAGUUGGCAAUAAAGCUACGUCGGCCGAAAAUAGUAAUGGUGAUAUGCUACCGCUCUCCCCCCGAAAGGCGAGGACAGUUAUUCGCAACAGAAGGGCUAAUGUGAAAAAGACUACUUUCGCCCCUCUAGCACCAGCUGGCGAUCUCGAUGCCUCGCUCGAGAACGGGCCCCACUUGGAGUCUUGUGCAAAGAGUCCGCUCCGGGCCCCGCUCGGGGUCCCGCUGUGUCCGGUCAGCAUCGGUGGAGCCCGUAGAUUUGUGCCAGGUGGCGGCGGCAGUAGAUGUAACAGCACGCUCGAAAGUGGUGUGUUGUCGGAUAGUGUAAAGUUGAGGGAGCGUAUGGAGCAGAUUGCUUUGGCUAAUGGUCUUGAAGGGGUUUCGCUCGAUUCAGCCAAUGUAGUUAACCAUGGUUUGGAUAACUACAUUAAAGGGCUGCUUAAGUCUUGCAUUGAUCUUGUGGGGUCGAGAAAGAACCAUAUUUACGGGAAGCUUGUUAACGGUGUAAAGCCAGGUCAGCAAUAUCAACCGAUUUCUUUGCAGGACUUUAGAGUUGCGAUGGAGUUGAAGCCGCAAAGACUCGGCGAAGAUUGGCCUUUGUUGCUCGAGAAAAUAUGUACACUUGCAUUCGAAGAAUAGGGAAUUCGAGAUUGAUUUAGGCGUGGUUUUUUUUUUAUAUUCCGUUUCGGAGGAAACACAAGCAGGGAAUCUUUAUUAUUCUAUUCUGCUGAUGGGCUUUUCCGUAAAUUGGGAGAGGCCGUUUUAAGCAACUGUUCGGAUGAUGAGGAGAAGGAGGUCCGAAUUCGAUUGCCAAUGUUGUAUGAUUAGCAUAUCCCCGUUUAAUUUUUUUUUCUUUCCUGUAAUUUACAGUCGACGAGAAAUUCUUAGAACAGUUUUGCAGGAAUAAUGUGUAGUUUGGUACUUUUAGCAAAAAAAAAAAAAAAAAAAAGAAAAAGGUGGUGGGAUUGCAUGGUGCAAUAGUCAUGUGUAUGUAAGCUUUCACCAUCGAGAUUGGUUUUCGGGUCUUAAUAUUAACAACACCGUUUUAACAA